UUCAUUCGGAUAGCGACAAUGAGGUGGAUAGUUCACGCGUAUAACGUUUACGCCAUGGCCAUCGGCAUGACGUCAUACAUGACAGUCGGUGGGGAGUUCAAGGAGACGAGGACUAGUCAGAUAUACACGAUUGUUAUGAAUGCCAUUGCCCUGACCUUGCUGCCGGUGGGUUUCUGGAAUUCGGCCAAGUUGAUGACCAUGGCCGAGUGGCUGCCCUCCUUCAUGUGGAUAGUUCCAUAUGUUCUCUACUCCAUUAACUACUCUGUGAUAGCAUACACCCUGGUUUCAAGGUGCUUCAGGGAUGCCAUGCUGUUGGAUCUGCAGGUGAUAAUAUUCCAGGUGAAUCGGGAAAUGUCGCGGAGGGGAAAGAAAGUGAGCUCGAAACUUCUUCGAAUCUUUAACCUGAAGACCUUGACUGUGAGCUACCUGUGCUUUGCCUACCUACUCGUUGUAUGCGUUUACCAGUGGAGACUACCCUGGCCUCACAAUUUAUACGCCCAACUGGUCAACACUUUCCUAACCAUCCAAAUCGUCAGCACAUACUUUAACUUUGUUUCCUUUUGGCAAAUUGCCAGAGGCUAUGACUUUGUCAACCAGCAAAUGAAGGAUGUUAUCUCAGAUGAGUCCAGGGACUCCAAGGAUCAGGCAGAGGAGCUCCGUGCCCUGUGGGCUCUGCAUGCAAGCCUCGGCAGGACCGCCCGCAGGAUAAACCGGCACUACGGCCCCCAAAUGCUGGCCAACCGUUUCGACUACUUCAUGUUCUCCAUCAUCAACGGCUACAUGGGCACGAUCUAUUCGCAAUACGACCAUUCUGCUUCGGUGGAAAAGAUUUACGGAGCUCUUAUCUAUUGGGUUCGAAGUGCAGACUUCUUUCUAAACGAUUAUAUCUGCGAUGUGCUGACCGAAUACCAAGCCCAGUCAAAGUGCUUUGUCACCGAAGGCGAAAUGUCCAAAGAGCUGAGUUCCUUCCUCAUCUACAACAGCAGCAUGAGGCUGGAUCUGAUGGUUUGCGGACUCUAUCCGGCGAAUAGGAAUAAAUGGCUGCAAAUGGUGGGCUCUAUUAUCGUCCACUCCAUAUUGCUGUUCCAGUUUCAGCUGGUUAUGAGCAAUAAGUAGAAGGUCUUAAGAUGGAACCAAUG